UGUGAAUUUACCCAUGUACUCAAAGGACACUACUAAACCAAGAUCCCUAGGGACUGAGCCGCGAGUGCAUCAUGCAGGGCGAACAAUGGAGAAUAGAAGGAAGCGCGACGAGGAGGUAAAUGGAGGAAAAAGGUCGUAUGCUCAGGUAGUAUCGGGAGUUGGGGGAUCUGAGCAAUCAGACAGUUCGCUAGGAGAUGCGCUAAAAGAAACACCGGUGGAAGUCUGGUAUGGACCACCGGUUCCACAGGCGGAGGCUUGGCUCGAAAGAAGCAUGGUAGGCAUAAUAAGAAACCUGGACCUGAUUCCCUCGCUGCAAGAUGCCUUUAUUCUUGAGGGUUUCAAGACUAUACAUGUCAGGUAUAUGGGCGAUGAUUUGGCCCUUAUAACUGGACCUAGGGAUAUGAAUUUGGAAGAAACCUUGGAUGUAUCAAAGGAAUGGCUUAAUGACAUCUUUGAGGUGGUCUAUACCUGGUCCCCAUCAGUUGCCCAUGACCACCGUGUCACUUGGCUUCGUUGCUCUGGCCUCCCUCUCCAUAUGUGGACCAAGGAAUGCUUGGCUCACCUUGUUUCUCCGGUGGGGACGCUAAUGGCAGUAGAUGGAGCAACACUGUCUUUCUCCAGGUUGGACUACGCAAGGGUAUUAGUGCGCACAUCAAAACUGGAGACGAUUGUUGUUUACAAGAAAGUGAAUGCUAAUGGUGGCACCUACACCAUUCGCAUCAAUGAAGAGAUGAAUGCUGAUAUAUCUCAUUGCUGCAAUGGCCCUGGAAGUGUGAACGACAGUGAUGACUUCCCGUCAGUGUGGUCCGGGAGCGAAGACAAAAAUGAUGAGGAAUCGGUUUUUUCAGAGACACCUGAUGAGGGCAGGGGCCGUGAUGAUGACAGGUUUAUUGCGACUUCCGGCGUUUAGCGCCGGGAACCACUUUCGGCGGCGGAUGAGGCAGUCCAAUCACCCCAUGACGCAUUAAACGCAUCGGUUGGAGCAAGCAACAAUUCACCCCUUGACGGCGGGGGGGGGUUCGCUGGCACUCCAAUAAUGGCUUCCACAGAAAACCAUGCAAUUAUUGGGAGUGGAUUGAAUGCAGGGAAGAUUCGAAUUCUGCAGAGAUGUAACAGUUUUGCAGAUUUAAUUGGGUCAAAUGGGAAUGGGAAUGGGAAUGGGACCCACAUUAAUUUACAAUGUGUUUCAUCUGUGGGCCAUGGAAAUUAAGGGAUACAUUCAGAAGGGAUGAACAAUGAAGACUUGAGGCCAGUUCAGCAGGCCUGUGAAUCGGAGGCCCAAUCAGGAGGUGGUCCGGAUCCUGGGGCAGUCCAAACUGACCCAAAUGGACCACGUGUUCCCCUUACUCAGUUUGAAAAUUCUCACUUGAUCCCCUAAUUGCAGAAUAAUCUGGAGAUUUCAACCCAAAUUAGGGAUUCUUUCCUCCAUAGAGAUAACAUCGAAGGUGCUGUGAGAGUAGAAAAUUCAGAAGUGCUUGCCCCAAAUGUCGUGGGUGGGGUGGGAAGAUUGAUCGAUGACCUUGCUCAACAAGCAUCCAAGGAUGACUCUUGGGUAAUCAGGGACGCGUCGACAAGGAAGUUGGUACGCCAGCGACUCUACUCACUUUCGUGCUCUCACUCUCGAUCUGACUCAGGUGGGAGCAAAAACGAUAGGCCAGUUUGGCUAAAGGAUGCGUCUUUGGAGGCUAGUAACAUUUGGAAGGAAGGAAGAUAAUUGGGAGUUUCGUUUUCUGGAAGGGAAGAUGAUAUCAUCAGAAAAUUGGCCCAGUUGGAACACAGGGAUAUGCAGGGGAUUAGCACCACAAUGGGCGCUGGACCUGCAAGGGGAAUGGAAGGUUUAUCAUGAAGAUUUUAUCCUACAAUGUGAGAGGCCUUGACAGUUCUUCCAAGAGGCGUGUGAUUCGUGAAUUGGUGAUGAAAGAACAGUUUGAGCUUGUUUGUAUUCAAGAAACAAAAUUGCAAAACGUGAAUCAACGAGUCUGUGCUCAAGUUUGGGGUGAUUCUAGGUUCAGUUGGCUUGGUGUACCCGCUGUGAACCGAGCUGGUGGAUUAUUGUGCAUUUGGAAGGAGGACUUGUUCAAGGUUUCAGAAUCCUUUUCUGGUGUGGGAUUCUUAGGCCUGGUGGGAAUGUGGGGGAGAGAUGAGAUUCAUAGUGUUAUUGUCAAUGUUUACUCAUCCUGUAACUUGGAUGAUAAGAGGGUCUUGUGGGCAAAUUUACUGGCUAUGCGAGAAAAUAACCAGCCUUCGAUUUGGUGCUUGGCGGGUGACUUUAAUGCGGUAAGGAAUGCAAAAGAAAGAAGGGAUCCUCGGGAAGAUCUCAGUUGCAGCAUAGGGAGAUUACUGAGUUUAACAACUUCAUCACGGAGAUGUCUCUGGUAGAUAUACCGCUUGCAGGCAGAAAAUCCACAUGGACAAGACCAAAUGGCCAGGCAAGAAGUAGAAUUGAUCGGUUCUUAGUCUCUCAUGAUUGGCUUCAGGUAUGGCAAAACAGCUCUCAACUUGUCCUCAAUAGGGAUAUUUCGGACCAUUGUCCAUUGCUCUUACGUUGUCUGGUGCAAUAUUGGGGGCCCAAGCCCUUCAAUGUGUUGAAUUUUUGGUUCCACGACCACCGCUUCCCGCUGUUUGUGAAACAAUCUUGGGAUGGCAUCCAGGUUGAUGGCUGGGGUGCUUUUGUACUUAAAGAAAAAUUAAAAGUACUUAAACAGAGACUGAAAGCUUGGAAUUCUAAGGUCUUUGGUGAUUUGCGCAAGAGGAGAGUGGAUACAGUACAUCGAAUAAAUGAGUUAGAUAUGAAGGAGGAAGAGGAAAGUUUGUCUGUGGUUGAGGUUGAGGAGUGUAAGAGGCUGCUGUAUGAAUUCUGGUUCGUUCUAAAGCUACAUGAGUCACUGUUAUGUCAAAAGUCACGGUCUAGAUGGCUAAAAGAAGGGGACUAGAACAAGAAAUUUUUCCAUUCUGUGAUUAAUUGGAGGCGGAGAACAAAUACAGUGAUUGGCCUCAUGAUAGAUGGCGUGUGGGAGGAAAGCCCACGUAAGGUAAAGGAUGAAGUUACCUCCUACUUCUCAAAGAAAUUUGCAGCAGACAUUGGUGAUGGCCUACGGCUGGAUGGUGUACAAUUCAAAACCGUCUCUUCUGCAGAUAACACUUUCUUAAUUAGGAAGUUUGAGCCCGGGGAGAUAAAGGAAGCUAUUUGGGACUGUGGAGGGGAUAAGAGUCCUGGUCCUAAUGGGUUUAAUUUCCGGUUUAUACAGCAAUUCUGGCAGCUAUUGGAAUAUAAUUUUAUUCGUGAAGUUGAUGAUUUCUGGCAGCUUGGGGCUUGACCUAAGGGAAGCAAUGCGUCCUUUAUUGCUUUAAUCCCGAAGGUGGAUGACCCCCAGAGUUUGAAUGACUUUCGUCCCAUCUCACUUAUCAGCUGCAUGUAUAAAGUGGUGUCAAAGUUGCUUGCAAACAGGCUAAAGAAGGUUCUGGAUAAUCUAAUUAGUGAACAGCAGUUUGCGUUCCUAGGCGGGAGACAGAUGUUGGAUAGUGUGGUGGUAGUAAAUGAAGCUAUCAAUGCUGCGAAACGUUCCAAAAAGCCAACGGUGAUCUUUAAGGUUGAUGAUUAUGAGAAGGUCUACGAUUCCGUCAGAUGGGAUUUUUUAUUUUAUAUGUUGGGACAGAUGAAUUUCUGUAUUAAAUGGAUUAAUUGGAUGAAAAGUUGUUUGAGCUCUGCCACUGUUUCAGUGUUGGUGAAUGGUAGCCUAGGGGCUGAAUUUAGAAUGGAGAAGGGUCUUAGCACCAUUCUUAUUCUUGAUUGUGGCGGAGGGACUUAAUAGACUAUUUUUUCAAGCUGUCAAUAGUGGUAAAUUUACUGGCUUCAAGUUUGGGACCGAAAGUGCUCUGGAAAUCCCGCUACUUCAGUUUGCAGAUGAUACAGUGUUCCUUGGUGAGGCGACUAUGCGUAAUAUUGCUACCAUCAAAUGUGUGUUGCGGUGCUUUGAACUGGCAUCAGGUUUGAAAGUAAAUUUUCACAAGAGUAAAUUGGCAAGUGUAGCUGUGGAAGCGGGUGUCCUAUCCAGGUUUGCAACUGUGCUCAACUAUAAAUUGAUGUCAAUUCCUUUUAUUUAUUUGGGCAUUCCGAUGGGUGGGAAACCAAGAGGAGCGCAACUUUGGGACUCUGUCAUUAAUAAGUUCAGGAGCAAACUAUCUAAAUGGAAACAGCGGAUGGUUUCCUUUGGAGGAAGAGUUUGCCUCAUCCAGAGUGUACUUUCUGCCUUAUCACUAUUCUUUUUGUCGUUCUUUAAAUUGCUGGUUAGUGUUGGCAAACGUUGCAUUAGACUCAUGCGCAAUUUUCUGUGGGGAGGUUCGGAUGAGGACAAUAAAUUACUUGGGUAAAAUGGGCUGAGGUGUGUAAGCCUAAGGAGUCUGGUGGUUUGGGGAUAAAGGAUUUGUUUGCUUUUAACAAGGCCUUAAUUGGGAAGUAGAGAUGGAGAUAUUUAACAGAGCCUAAUAGCCUAUGGGUGAGGGUGAUAAAAUCUCAAUCUGAUCAUUAUUCUUGUGCCUCGACUUGGUGGAGGGACGUCUUAGCUCUUUGUCCUGAUGAGGAAGGGGAAUGGUUUUCUUUAGGAUUAGAAAAGGUAGUUGGAGAAGGAGACCAAACGAAAUUCUGGACAGAAGAUUGGCUUGGCUCAGGUGUUUUAGCAGUGAGGUUCCACAUGUUAUUUCUUAUGUCAAAAAAUAAAUCUGCUACUGUAAAGGAGCUUGGCACUUGGUCAGAAGGGGUUUGGCGGUGGAAAUUUGAAUGAAGACGAAAUCUGAGAGGAAGGGAAUUAAUUUGGCUGGAAAAUCUUGAAACAGUGUUGAAUGGAGGCGGUUUGGUGGAGGGGAGGCCUGACCGGUGGGUGUGGGUGCCAGGUGAUGAGGGAGUUUUUACUGUUAACACAGCUUACUCUAUUUUGCAGGUUCAUGAUAUGGAAGACCCGGUUUGUGAUUUUGCUUCUAUCUGGGCAACUCCAGCGCCUUCAAGUGCAAGAGCUUUUGUUUGGCGCUUGAUGUUGGAUCGGAUCCAAACUAGGGACAAUUUAAGAAGACGGCGUGUGCUCUCCAACCCGGAAGAAUUGCUAUGUCCAUUCUGCCUUUCUGUGGAGGAGAGUAGUGCUCACUUACUCUUCUCUUGUGCAUUCUCAAUGGAGGUUUGUCAAUCUAUAUAUCGCUGGCUUGGCUUAUCUGUGGCUCUCCCAAACUCACCUGCGGCUCAUCACGCCCAAUUCACUAUUUUGGGGCAAAAUAAAAACCAACGAUUAGGAGGACUAGCUAUUUGGACAGCUACUGUUUGGUCGUUGUGGCUCUUCAGGAAUUCAGUUAUUUUUAGAGAUGGUGAUUUGAACAGCAGUUUUAUUCUAGAUUUGAUACAGUCACGCUCAUGGCAUUGGCUCAAGGCACGUUGGAGUGGAUUUUGCAACUCUAUGUAUUAGGGGUGGAAAUAGGCCGAGCCGAGCCAAGCUUUGCGUGGCCUAGGCCUGGCCUGCAUUUUUUUUUUCGUGGCCCAAGCCUAGCCUGUGGCUUAUCAAUAGGCCAAAUUUUAUGGCUUGGCCUGACCUUUUCUAGGGUCUGGCCUGACCUACAAGCCUUCUUAAAAGCCUAUUUAACAGACAAUUUUAUCAAAAGAAGGUCAUUAGGCUUGCGGGCUAAUAAGCCUUUUAUAUAUCAUUGCACUUUAUUUUCAAAUAAAAAAACUUGUAUCAUUGCAUUACAAAAACUAAACCUAUAUCAUUGGAGGA